UAGGAUUUCUGUUAGGAGUAUUCUGCGAGGGGUUGCUUUCUGGUAGUGUUGGCCCAUCAAUGUCAUCAAUUAUUCCUGCCUUGAAGCCCGACUCUUCCACAGUAUGUUCUGUUCCUUCAAGUUCUGCAAAAAUGGAGAAGAUUUCUCGCAUUUCUUUCAUCUCAAGAGAUUAUGUGAAUUUUUUUUUUUUUUUCUGCAGAAGAGUCGCAACAUUCAACCCGAAGAAGUAGAAUGUGAAUCCAAGAAGACUGCAGCUGGUGCUAAAUCCAAUUUAACCUGUGUCCCCAAGAAGUACACAGAUCAAAUGGGAAAAUAUGGCGCUAACACGGGUUUUGAUUCACCAAAGGGACCUGCAGGAAAUGACAACAUUUCUGAAAAUAUGAUGUCUAAUCCUCCCUUUGAUCCUAGAAAGAUGGAUGCUCUAUCCAAGCAUGUUGCCAAUGUUUCAAGUGGUAAUCACCACCACCGCCAACCCACACCAGCACCACCAAACGCCAAGACCAACCAUGGCCAUACCACUAGUAAUCGUAGCGAUAGCUUAGAGAGCUCCACUGCAUCAUUUAAGCCUCAUACCGGUGGUGACGUCCGGUGGGAUGCAAUUAACAUGGUGAAUGCCAAAGAUGCAAUUGGUCUUAGUAGCUUUCGGCUUCUCAGGCGUCUUGGGUAUGGAGACAUAGGGAGUGUUUACCUUGUUGAACUUAGAGGAACUAGUGCUCACUUUGCUAUGAAAGUAAUGGAUAAGGCUUCGCUUGCUAGUAGAAAUAAGCUACUGAGAGCACAAACGGAGAGGGAGAUUCUUGGGCUUCUUGACCACCCAUUCUUGCCCACCCUUUAUUCUUAUUUUGAGACUAAUAAGUUCUAUUGCUUGGUCAUGGAGUUCUGUAGUGGAGGCAAUCUUCAUUCUCUUCGCCAGAGGCAACCCAACAAGUAUUUUACUGAGGAAGCAGCCCGGUUUUAUGCUUCGGAAGUUUUGCUGGCCCUGGAGUAUCUACACAUGUUAGGCAUUGUUUAUAGGGAUUUGAAGCCAGAAAAUGUCCUAGUAAGAAAUGAAGGUCAUAUAAUGCUCUCCGAUUUUGACCUCUCACUUCGCUGCUCCGUCAAUCCAACUCUUGUCAAGUCCUCAUCUGCAAAUGUAAGCAAUGGCGGAGGGAAUGGCGGUGGAGGCAUUUUGGACGAUGAAUUUGCGGUGCAAGGUUGUAUGCAACCUUCAACAUUUUUCCCUCGCAUUUUGCCUAGCAAAAAGAAUCAUAAAUCCAAAUCAGACUUUAGCCUCUUCGUCGGAGGCUCCCUCCCAGAACUAAUGGCAGAGCCAACAAAUGUACGCUCUAUGUCAUUUGUAGGCACCCAUGAAUAUUUAGCCCCAGAGAUCAUUCGCGGAGAGGGUCAUGGCAGUGCAGUGGACUGGUGGACUUUUGGGAUCUUUUUAUACGAGCUGUUGCAUGGAACAACUCCCUUUAAAGGCUCAGGAAAUAGGGCUACCCUAUUCAAUGUUGUAGGGCAGCCACUGAGAUUCCCAGAUACACCACAAGUGAGCUUUGGAGCUCGAGAUCUGAUUAGAGGUCUUCUGGUGAAGGAACCCCAUAAACGCAUUGCGUGUAAAAGGGGAGCCACGGAGAUAAAACAACAUCCAUUUUUUGAAGGGGUGAACUGGGCUCUGGUCAGAAGUGCCAUGCCUCCACACGUACCUGAACCAGUAGACUUCUCACAAUAUGCUAGCAAAGAGCCACCGCCAGCUGCUGAUAACAAGAUGGCAGAUAGUGGAGUCGAUAAAAACAAUGGUAGUCCUCAUCAUCAUGAUUCUUCCUACAUAGAAUUCGAAUACUUCUAGGAUUAUUAAGGGUUCAAUUAAGACUCCUAUUUCGUAUUUUCAUCUUUGAAGGGAAAUUUUAAGUUGUACAAGAAAAAGUGGUUGAGCCCUGAUAAGACAUAAUA